AUGGACAAACACGUUCCUUAUAAGCCGCCCGAAUCUGGCCUCAGUCCUCAAACUACUGAUCCAAACGAAGAUACAUCCAUGUUGAUGGCGCAAUUGAUGGCAACCCAUUGCUAUCACUCAGACCCUGAUGAAAGUCUCAAUGAACACAUUGAGCAACAGAUAUCUCAUUCCUUUAAUAUUGCAGAAUCCAAAUAUGAUUUAGUUCCCUUGGAACAUGUUGCCAAGCAACAACAACAUCUAAAUGGUAAACAACAAAACGAUCUUUACAAUGUUAUAAAAGACUUUGAACCCUUGUUCAACGGUAACCUCGUUCGUUCCGGCAAGCUUGGCCCUUUCAAAGGUCCUAAAGCACACCUCGAGCUUACUCCCGAAGCAAAACCAUUUCAGAACCGUCCAUAUUCUGUCCCCAAGAGUCAUGAAGCUGUCUUCAAGAAAACUAUUGAUGAAAUGGUCCAAUGGGGUAUUUUGGAGAAAUGCGGUCCAAUGGACUACUUAUCUCCCACCUUUAUUGUUCCGAAAAAGGAUGGUAGAGUUAGAUUUGUUUCCGACUUUUGGCAACUAAACAAGAUGAUUAAACGCAAGGUUUGGCUACUGCCAAUAAUACAAGAUAUUCUAAAGAAACGAAAUGGCUACAAGUAUUUCACAAAGCUUGACCUUUCGAUGUUUUUCUACACAUUUGAAAUGGACGAAGCGUUGAAGGACCUUUGUGGCAUUGUCACACCCUUCGGCAACUAUCGUUACAUGCGUCUUCCUAUGGGCUUCAAACAAUCUCCUGACAUUGCUCAAGCACACAUUGAACAGCUCCUUGCUGACUUCGAAGAAGCAGACGUCUACAUUGACAAUGUUGGAAUCUUUUCCAACAAUUGGAACUCGCACAUGGACAGCCUCAGAAAAAUCUUGCGAAUCUUGCAAGAUCAUGGUUUUACCUGCAAUCCGCUGAAAUGUGAAUUUUGUGUGCAAGAAACUGAUUGGCUUGGUUAUUGGCUCAUGCCUACUGGAAUCAAACCGUGGAAAAAGAAGAUCAACGCAAUCCUCAGACUCAAACCUUCCAAGUCUGUCUAA